AUGGUCAACGUCACUUCCACCCCCAACGGUGACCUGCUCACCUACUACGACGUCGAGGGCGUCGAGACCGAGCUCAUCUACAAUGCCGGCACCCUCGCCUGGAUCAUUGUCGCCACGGCGCUCGUCUUCAUCAUGAUCCCCGGUCUCGGCUUCUUCUACGCCGGUCUGCUCAGGAAGAAGUCGGCCCUGUCGAUGAUCUGGAUGUCCAUGACCGUCAUGUCGGUUGUCACUUUCGAAUGGUUCUUCUGGGGCUUCUCGCUCGCUUUCUCCACCACUUCGAGCAACGCUUUCAUCGGUAACCUCGACAACUUUGGCCUGAUGAACGUCGACAUUGGCCCUUCGACCGGCGGCACGUCUCUCCCGCAGCUUCUCUUCUGCAUCUACCAAAUGAUGUUUGCCGCCAUCACGCCCGUGAUCGCCUGCGGUGCCUUUGCCGACCGCGCGCGUCUGGGCCCCGUCCUGAUCUUCGCCUUCUGCUGGUCCACCAUCGUGUACAACCCCAUCGCCUACUGGACCUGGAACGUCGGCAAGGGCUGGGCCAACGUCAUGGGUGGUCUCGACUUUGCCGGUGGUACCCCCGUCCACAUCUCGUCCGGUACCGCUGCGCUGGCCAUCUCGAUCUUCCUCGGCAAGCGCAAGGGCUACGGCACUGAGCAGCUCGCCUACCGCCCCCACAACGUCGCGUACGUCAUCCUCGGCACCGUCUUCCUCUGGUUCGGUUGGUUCGGCUUCAACGGUGGUUCCGCUCUCGGCUCCAACCUUCGCGCUGUGCAGGCCAUGAUGGUGACCCAGGUGGCUACUGCUGUCGGUGGUCUGACGUGGAUGUUCUGGGACUGGAGGCUGGAGCGCAAGUGGUCCGCCGUCGGUUUCUGCUCUGGUGCCAUCUCGGGUCUUGUCGCUAUCACCCCUGCUUCUGGUUAUGUCGGCACCCCUGCUGCUGUCGCCUUCGGUGUCCUCGGCGGCACCGCAUGCAACUUUGCUACUGGUCUCAAGAACCUCCUUGGCUACGACGAUGCAUUGGACAUCUUUGCCGCUCACGGUGUGGGUGGUAUCGUUGGCAACCUGCUCACGGGCAUCUUCGCCGACUGGCGCGUUGCCUCGUUCGACGGUUCCGCUCCCAUCCCCGGUGGAUGGAUCAACAAGAACUGGAUCCAGCUCGGUUACCAGGCUGCCGACUCGGCGUCGGGCUUCGGCUGGUCGUUCGUCGUCACCCUCAUCCUGCUGUUCGCCAUCGACCGCAUCCCUGGCUGCCACUUCCGCGCCACCGAGGAGGACGAGGCGCUGGGAAUCGACCUCGCCCAGAUCGGCGAGGAGGUGCUCUUCAUGCCUCUGCUCCACGACUUUGUCAGGCCAGAGGAGGGCGCCGAGGUCCACCACGUCUCGCAGGACGUCAAGUUCUCGCCCGCCAGCAGCGAGAAGGACAUCGAGGCCGCACAGCCUAGGGCCGUGUAA